UCUAAUUCCUCCUCCAAAUAUUCAAGUAAGUCGUCUACAGGCACUUUUGUAAAUAAAGAGACAACAUCAAAACUAACGAUAUUAAAAUAAAAAUUCAAAUUUAAACUAUUCAAUUGUUGUGACCUGUCCGGGCCCUGCAUUGCUAUCUUAAAAGGACACGGCACCUUAGGCCAGGCUACCGCAGACUUUUUGUUAGCACAGGACGUACAAAGAAAGAGGUGUCGAAGAAUACUACCUCUUUUUGAGUACAGGAAGCCAACAGACAGGCAUACUUGACUCUUGAUGAUUCCGCCACCAUGUCUGUGCAGGCUAGAGCACAUGACGUUAGGGGUUUUGGUCGCUCUGGCUUUCAAAAAGAACUUGGUUGUAUAUAGUGCUGAACGCUGGUACUUGGUUAUGCCAGUCCACGUUCACCUCUUUCUAUCUUAGGAUGUUGCCCACAGAUCUACGGACACGUUUUCCCUUGGUCCUGUGAUGGCUACCCAACAGAUUGUGUAACUCAUAGUUGCCCUUAACAGGACACUAUUGUAUCUUACCUAAGAUGAUUGUGUGGAUGAGAGAAUGAGUGACUUGGCUGGUCUCUUUCUUUCUCCUGUACCUUUCCUUCUUCCUUCGGGUGGGUUUAGGAAUAGAUAUGUCAUUCACUGGACUGGUCUGGCACAGGUGAGUAAGGUAGUCAUACUGAUAGUGUGGUCGCUUGGUAUACAAAUAUCCAACCCUCUAUUCAGUAGCAUAUGCUCUGCUCCUUGGCAAGGGGGAGUUGGGAGCAGUAACAAACCCUGGUGUGCUGGUUUGCUAUUGGACAGUCAAAAGUUUCUCUUUGGUUCCUUAUACAAUGAUUAUCCCAUAUAUCGUACGUUACUCAGUGCCUGGGUAGUUAGAUUUCAAUUUAUCUAGCUUCUCACGGGCUUCAGUCCCUCUCUGGAAGUUAUUUCUUCUGGAGCUGGACUGGUGGGCAGGCCCCCAGCCAGUUUAGGAUGUCUUGUACCUCCCUCCAAGUAUGAGUCUAUCCUAUUGUUAAGACCGAAUGUUUGUUCACGUAUGAAGAAAUGACAAAUUCUCUAAGACAAUUUGCAUUUUUCAUAGCUACAAACCUGAAGUCUUAACAUUGUACUGCCCACCUCUAGCUGCCUCUCUGUCUGCUAAGACAUCCUGAGUUGGGAAAGACUCAGGAACACUUAAAAUAGCCAACAACUCUGGUGUUGGCUUUAGCCUUGUAGAGUCAAUGGUAUAACUAAAUAUUGCACCUUAUCUACACCAAAAAGAACACUUAGUAGGAUACAAUUUCAGUCCCACAUCCUGUAAUCUUCUUAUAACUUCACCAGAAUUUGAGUCUGACACCAAAAUGUUCGUCAAAAACACACACACCUGGAAUACCCCGUAAGAGAUCCUCUACAGCUCUAUGAAAUAUUCCUGGAGCACUAGCUGUGCCAAAACACAAGCGGUUGUAUGGAAACAACCCUCAGUAGGUAUUUAUAGUAUAGUCAAAGGACGCGACUCAGGACAGCAAAAUUUGAUUGUAUGCUUUUGUCAUGUCAAGUUUUGGCAGACUUUUACGUAACACUACUCAAAGCAGCGAAAACAUCCUCAAUCCUAGGUACACGAUACUUUGUGACUUAAUAGUUUGGUUAUCUGUUAACCUAUAGUUGCCACAUAUACGCAUUGUGCCGUCAUCUUAUAGUACAGACACAAUAGGAUCUGCCCAAUUAGUUUGUGCAACAUGCUGAAUAAUAUUCUGCUCCAACAGCUUACCUAAAGUAGCAUCAACCUUAGUAUGCAUAGCAGAGGGAAUGUUACAAGCCUUACAGUAUCAAGGGGAUACCGACUCUUCCAAAUCAAAAGAAACUAGAUUCUAGACCUUUGAAAGUUCCUAGUUCAUCCUUAAACACUUCUGGAUACUUAGCUACUAGUACUGACUUAGGCUUAUCAGCAACAGCAUGAAUAUGUAGUACAGUCAUCUAAACUGAGUGAAAAUUCAGAGCAUGCAUCCAAUCAAUCAAGGCCCAAUAAGUUAGGACCCUUAUCCUUAACAAUGACAAUGGCUUGUUCCUUCAAGACCCAACCUCGGAAAUCAAUCUUCACCCGAACAUGGCCCCUUACUUGGAUACUAGAUUCUCCAUAUUGGAUUAGCUCUAUAGAAUAUGCUAUAAUUUUGGAUUUGUUAUUUCGGAAAACUCUCUAGGAACUCACGUUCAUUCAUUAGGGUACGUGCAGCACCAGUGUCCUGCUGAAAUUCUACAUCUGCCCAAUCAUUUAGCAUUAGCCUAACAUAAUACGGUUCUUCCAGCUCUUCCAUAUUACAGGAAUGAACUGUUAAAAUGUACUUUCUCAACUCCUUACCACUAGAGUUACAUUCUUGGACACAGCUGAAGUUUUAUUAGCUCUAGACUUCUUAGAAAAACAUACUUUAGCCAGGUGAGCCUUUUGCGUUGACACAAAUAACACUCAGAAUUAAUAACUGGGCAGUCACUCUUCCAAUGACUUUUCCCACAGUCACUGCAGGGCUUCAGAUUUACUUGAAAGAGCUUCUCUGGCUUUUUCCUUCUGUAGACAUGAAACUAGAUUUAGGACUAGUAGAUUUAAUGUCAUUUAUAUCUCUACUAUGAGAAUUUGCCUUCUAACUGAACUCUUGGACAUCUUCGUCAGCUGCUUCCCUCACAACAGCAAUCACUACUGAACGAGUGAAAGUUACGUUCUUCUCUGUCCAAAGAACUUACUGCAUACUGUUACAUUUAUUGAUCUCCUCGUCUACCCAGCAUUUAGUUAAAUAUUUUGAUUGUUAGAAAAGCAGCCAUUUUCCCCAAAUCAGCUGAUUUCAAAGGGGAAAACGCCAGCCAGAGAUAGGAAUUUCCUGUUAGAGAGGGGGAAUAGAGACUCUUGUCAGCCUUAGGGACAUAUCCAAAAGGGAAGUGUGUAGCUAGCUAGGUACUUAUUAGACCUACAUCUUAAGCUCCUUUUUCCUGUGAACCCUUUGCUGGCUGUAUGUUGUUUCCAGGAUCCCCUCCUCUGGGGGGGGGUAAGCUGAAUCCAUCCCCCAUGAAGGACACCUGCAGUCGCUCUCAGUCCGCUCCAAGCCGUGAUCUCUGACGGAUGUCCCCAGCCAGCAGCCUUCCAUUUAGGCCUACCAAGGUGUUACUGGCGCACUCAGACCUGAGAGAAAGCCGACGCUGCAUUCUACAAAGGUCCACUUACUAUGGCAUCCAGAUUGGCUGAGUCAUGUGUCCAAGUCUUCGCGCCCGCAAGUGCUGCAUUACCGCAAGAUAAUAUGAACAAUUUUGAAAACCAACUUUUACAUGAAUCUCAUUUUAGCCAACUAUCCCCUUGUGAGAUAUAAUAUUGUUUUCCCUUGCGGACAAGCUGCAUUUACUCCUUCUCCAGGCCAUUAAAUGGCCUCUUGUAAAUAAAUGUGUGUAAAGUAAUUGGCUGAGUUUUCUGGCGACCUCCUCUAGAGAAAAUUAACACAAUACGUAAAUCCAAGCAAUUUAUUCUGCAUUUUCCCUCAAAUAUUUUUCUUUAUGUAUUUGGGCCCUUCAGGUCGGGCUUCAAACGUAAAAAUGACGAACCUUGCCGAGGAUUCGAACCUAGUUUUCUUAAAAAGCUUGUAAAUUGUGUUAUCCCUUGUAAAACGUAAAACUGUAAAUGUUUUUUACAAAGCGUAAAUCAAAGCACACUUGCAGUGGGAGACACACGCACGACUCACGGUAAGGCAAAUCAUUCUUAUAAUAUGAUUAUUUAUAAACAAUGUUAGCUUAAGGUACGUUAAGGAAUUAUUUUAAAAGUGGUUUAAAAGAGUGUUAAGUAGAAAUAUUAUUAUUGUAAUGGCGAAAUCGCCAGAGCUUAAUUUUAGCGGCAAGCAAACAAUUUGCCCCGCGAAUUCUCUAUUGUCUUGUAUGAGCUCGAACGAGCACGUGUGUAUGAUAGAUGCCAGAAAGUACUAGUUCAACCUAGGAGGUGCUUUGCCAGGGUUUAUUGCUGUGUCAGAAAGCCAAGCUAGUUAAGAAUGUUCUACUAAUAGUUACGGCAAAAGAAGUGUAUAAUUCUUUUGUCUGUGAUAUGUUAGGGGAAUUCGUUUUAACUUAGUUUUCAUUUCAAGUGUUGGUAACCGCUUAGCCUGCCAGCUCUCGCUUGGCGCAUGCGCUCUCUCAGGCCUGCUAGCCAACCUCGGUCUCACAAAGCAAAGCAUUCAUCACCUCAAGCGUCAUCUCAAUUAUUUAAGCAAAGUAACGUAAGUCUUGAAGUUUUAACGUAAAUAAUAUCAAUCUUGAUACUAGUAUCUAUCAUUCUGCCAGAGAAAUUAACGUUAAUUCGCCUUGAAUAAUAAACUAGAAUUUUAAAUCGCCUCCGCGUUUACAGAAAAUCAGCUGAUUCGCCAUCGCGGGUAGCAGCCCGCUCUGCUAGCCUCACCACACGUUUCACCUUGCAUCGCUCACCCGCUUGCUGAGCGAAAGUUUCAUUUCACUUCGGACUUAACGUAAUCUUUUCCAAUUACAAAUGUUUUGCUAACAUUUUCAUCUAAAAAUCCUUACCGUCAUUUCACUUGUCACAAAGACCUAGUAACCUUACGUAAAGUUAACGUAAAUCUUCAAAGUAGAGUAAAUUACAAGCAUUUAUAACGUAAAAUGCGUCAUUGUAAAAUUCAUAUUAAACGCAAAUCGUUUCAAAGUAACGUAACAAUCGUUCACAGCUAGAGCGUUCUAUUUACAUAUAACUUAUUCAAAAGCAAUUCUUCUAUUAAACUUUAACGUAAGGGAAUCAUUUAACGCCAGUUGCGUCAUAUUAAAACUAAAAGUAUUAGUUCAAAUAAAUACAAGGGAGUUCGUCAUAUAUCGUUUCACCCUCUCAGAGAGAGAGAGAGAGAGAGAGAGAGAGAGAGAGAGAGAGAGAGAGAGAGAGAGAGAGAGAGAGAGAGAGAGCCUAUUAUUCCAAAAGCCAAGAGUACUAUGUCUAUUACUUAUACGCAUGCAACAUUAACAUUAUUUUAGUCUCGUGUCUUUCAUUUACACUGAGCGUGAUACACGCCUGUGUCCAUUUAUUUCAUGUGCCGAGUACUUUAGCCAAGAAUUGAGCAUUUCCAAAAUUUACCAUUACCUGUCGUUGCUCGAAUGGUCUUUUCCAUUUUUUAUCACAAAAAGACUUGUGUAUACCACAAGCGCAGAUUGCACAGUGUGCACCGCAACCUCAUUACUUCCAUCAAGGAAGUCGUUACCAGUCUAGGACUGGCCACCACCAGUGCAUGUCAGGCCUUAUCAAUUUACAGUGCCACUAAUUCUCUCCUCCACCAUUACACUCUGCCACGAACAGAGUGCCAUUUCCCUUCAGUAUAUUUGAGUAUACUGCAUUUAGUGUCGUCCGACAGGACACACCAGCAUGCUACCAGUGCCAUUGCACCUGUACAGGCCGCACAGGUAGCUCUUUACCUGCGUGUCCGUCCUUACGGAAUGCCCAAUUCAUUAGUGUUUCCAUGUACAAGGAUCAGUGAUCUUUCAGAACACUCCACAAGGGAACGCCUCCCGAAGUGCCGCAAUACCAGCCCUAAGUGCUGUCAAAAGGAACGCCUCCUCAAAGUGCCACUGCACCUGUACAGAAGUACAGGUAGCUAUUUACCUGCGUGUCCGUUAUACGGAACGCCCAUUUCAUUGGUGUAUCCGCUAUCACGGAUCACCCAAACAAGGAACGCCUCCAUAAGUGCCGUGCACCUGUAUUGGACCUACAGGUUGCCCAUUCCAGCGUCUCUCAAGUUAGGAACGCCCUUAAGUGUGACGCACACCGCACACUCCAGUUGAUUUUCUCACCUCAUUAGAAGGUGCCAUUCCAGAAGUUCCACCAACUUACGGGACACUUCCCAAGUGCCACAGAGCACCCAGUCUUUUCAGACAUUCUUUCAUUACCUCAUUCGCAGAACCCAUUUCCAGGUGAGUGCUACGUUACCAAGUAGGCACUCCCAUUCCAUCCAGUACUAUUCCUGGCCAUCAUUUUCAAAUUUAUCCGAGCCUCUACUGCAGCCUAAGGGAAAUGUCUUCCUGCUUCCAAGCCCCGGACCAUGAGCUGGACUCCCAGUAAGAGGUGGUUGCGGAGGUUCUGCACCACUUGCUGUGCGCGUGGGCAUGCUGUGGAUUCCGACCAGUGCCCAAGUCGAUCCCUACCUUGGGACGAGAGCUUCCAGGGUGAACUUCUCCAAGGCUACCAUGUAGCCCUCCCUGAUGAACAGUCUCCUACAGCCUAUCGGUGGGUACACGUCAUGGCCGAUGCCGAAGCCCAGGUCUCCCUCAUUUCAAGAAAGGCCUUGCCUAGGGGUGCCAAAAUCCAGAAGGACGAAGCCAUUGAGUUCAAAUGGAUAGAUGGCAACCUGUAUUCUGUUCCUUCAGUCCUUCUGAAGGUGCAAAUGCCCUUAUGGGACCAGGAGACCAGGGAAACCACAUUGUGCCUCCUGGGCAUAGUUGAUAAAUUUCAUGACGUUUAUCAGGUGAUAUUGGGCCGAGAUCUCCUGAAGCCGUAUCUCCCCUGGACACAGCUCCCACUACCAGAUGCACCGGAUCCCUGCAGCAUGCCAAAUAAUCAAUCAUCAGUUUUAGAUUCAGAGGUUAGUGCCACUGAUGUCCCUGACAUCCAUCCUAUUCCCAAGCCUGGCCCUGACCCAGUGUCAGAGCCCGAAGUUUCUUCCGCAUCAUCUCAGCCUCUUGCCAUUUCACCGCCUACCUCCUCCACUUUGGAAGAGGUGAGCCCACCAGUUAACCCCGGACUUGUUCCCGAGGGCGAUUCAACGGAGGAUUCCUUAACCUUCCCACAUCAAAUCACUGCUAGAGAGGACGCUUCACCUGUGCCUUGGUGACUAUCAAAAUUCGCAACCUGUGGUGCCAUCUCGGCCUUAUCACCCAGUGCCACGGAAGAAGUUCUGGAACAAGUUCUGCCGAGACUGUGGCUGCAAGGGUCACAUGUCUGCAAAUUACGGAGGGUGCGCUAAUCACAAUAUUCCCGCCAUCGCAAUAGCUGUCACCAAUUCUUCCUCACUAGCACCCCUCCAAAGUCAUUAUCCGCCAAGCCAUGUCAGAGCCUACGACAACUCUGGCGCUCCAAAUCUCCCUGAUAUGGGAAGAUCGAAUCCCCCGAGGGGACUAACAUCGAUAGACGUCAAUUAAUCAUCAUUGAAGGUAUCAACCAUAUUAAACUGAUCCUUCCGACCGUCCAAUUGAGGGUCACCAGACCUCACUCCUCCAAAUUAUGUACUCUUGCAGUUGCAAGCUACAUUCCAGGAGGUUACGACCUCCUCCUAGGGCAAGACAUGAAGUCUCCCUCACAUUUCAAAAAGCCUAGGGGUCCUAACCCCACGACAAAUCACUCCAAAGCAAAAAGCCAUCCAAGACCUACUUCCUCCCGGAAGUACGGCCACCAACAGUCUUCCCUGCUACCACAGUUCCGUUGCAAAACCUGUAACGUAAUAGGGCACUCCACUAAUUGGCUUAGGUGCCCUAGCAAGCUACCAGCAGCGGACACUGUCCAUGUUCCCCAAGGCUUAGCCUUCUACGAGAGACAGGAGCCUCUGUCCCCCAUUACCAAGGGCCCGCUGAGAGGUAUUGCACCUCCGGUACCCGUCACAGGUCCAGUCGACCUCAACACUCUGCCAGUGUCACUUGGCAGCACUGAGCAGUGCCAAGCUCCCUCCAGCCUGGAUGUAGAGACACCACAAACCUUGACCUUUGCACCUGGCCCCGAGCUAGCGCUGGCGCCUAACCUUAUCAAGGAUCCUCCUACAGGAGAUCCUCCAAUAGGCAUGGAGCUUACCGCAGCCCAUGGCCAAUCCCAAGACCAUGAGUCUUCAUCACCCUCACCUCUGUGGCCCGAGGAUGAACCUUCGGCAGACCUCACCUUUACACCUCCUCUGGACGACCAGGAACUGCCCGACCAGGAGUCAGCCUGGAGUCUUACCCUUACGACGGCUGUCGUAGCAGCCGAAGUGAGGGCCUCCCCUGAAGUAGGUUCCACCUCUACGACGGUUGCUGCAGAUACCGAAGUAGGAUGUUUUCCUGAAAUCCCUCAGGCUACCACUGCCUCUGCUCCUGAUGGCGUUUCUGGCCUUACCCCAGAGUCGGUGCCUCCGUCUACUCCUAGGACUGGUGUAGCCAGGCCCUGGAGGAAUAACAAAAAGAAGAGGAAGAAGAAGGGACGUAGCAAAUUAACAAACUAACCAAAGAGCCACAUGCUCUCCUUGACACCUGUGC